AAGCGAUAUAACAGAGAAAAACGUUCAAGUUCCUUUAUUAAAUGGAUCUAGAAGUUAUGGAUGAAGCAUUACAUACAGAGCGCAAAGAAUCUGGAAAGCGUGGAAGAAAGCCAGGACGUAAAGCAGGGCCUGAAAAAGUCGAUAUGAAAGCGAAAUUGGAAAGAUCUCGUCAAAGUGCGCGAGAAUGUCGAGCUAGGAAGAAAUUAAGAUACCAAUAUCUUGAAGAACUAGUAGCUGAUCGCGAGAAAGCUGUAAUACAAUUGAGAGGCGAGAUUGAAAGGUACAAAAUAUGGGCCGAUGAGAUUGAUCAGGGUCGAUUUCCUGAAGAAGCAUCUGAAAUUUUAAAAGAAUUUGGAAUUAUAAAACCCGAGUAA